AUGUUGGAAGUUGUGGUUUACAAAGAUUGCGUUGAGGGCCGUUUGGCCACCCUUCUUUGGGGCUACGGCAAGUUUACCAACGUUACUCUCUCCUUCGCUCCGUCUAGGGCGGCCAUGGUAGUGAAGGAAGAUGGUGCCAUAACGCCGAUGAUAUGGCCAACUCUCCUCGAAUUGGCCGUUAAAGAUGCACCCACCGAGUCUGUUUUGGUGCCGUCGACCGAGGCGCACAAGCGAACGAUGUAUUCGUGGAUCGAUUUCGCGUACCAGCGGGAUUUCAGCAUCAUGGAGCCAGCUUCUCUGAAGAUUUUGGAUGACUACAUUCUGAACCACACCUUCCUCGCUGGAUCAACGGUCACCUUGGCUGAUCUGGUCGUAUAUGUUUCCACACACAGCUGGAUGAUGAAAUCCGAGCCUCAGGACCGUUCUGAAUAUGUGAAUGUCGUCAGGUGGUUCGACCACAUCCAGCAUCUGCCCGGCAUCGUGAACACUUUCAAGGAGCUGCCUUUAGUCUCUGUAGACAAGGACAUGGAUUUAGUCACGGCGGUGAUGGAAAAAACGACGCUGUCGGCCGCUGCAGCGCCCUAUGCGAAACCAUCCAAGGGAAAGAAGGAUGCCGUAGCUAAGAAGCCGAAGGAGAUUAAGCCACCAGCCGAUGAUCGACCUGUUGCCGAUGUCAGCCGGUUGAACAUAAAGGUUGGACAGAUUAUGUCGGUGGAGCGCCACCCAGAGGCUGAUCGACUUUAUUGCCUCAAAAUUGAUCUUGGUGAACCCGAACUCCGCGACAUCUGCUCUGGUCUCGUCGACUACUUGAAGCCGGAGCAGAUCAUGUCGCAAUACGUCUGCGUCUUGUCUAACAUGAAACCCAAGAGCCUACGUGGAAAGAUGUCCAACGGCAUGGUUUUGUGUGUUUCGAGCCCAGACAAGACCGAGCUGGAGCUUCUCCAUCCCGCUGAUGGAACACCGGUUGGCGAACGCGUCGUCAUCGAAGACUGCAACGGCGAGCCCGAUGCCGUUCUCAGCACAAAGACCGGUAAAGACCCAUUCGUAGCGGUGCAACCAGUAGGUUACAGGAUUAACUCGCUGACACAAUCUCAGGAAUUCAACUGCAAAGAUACAGUGGCAUAUUACAAGGUAUGGUUCAUAGCGCUCUAA